AUUCACACAUAUGGCCAGCCUUUGGACUGUGGGAGGAAGAUGGAGCACCAGACAUGGGGACAUUGGAGAAAAUGGAUGGACUGAUGGUUGUAUUUACAGGGAUGUAUUGGGGAGGGCUGCGCUGUUUCCAUACCUUCUGAUAUGACAACACAAGUUUGGGGGUUUCACGGAGGGCGGUGGCACCCUAGGACCCCACUUUGGCUCUGUCCUUGCUUUGUUCUCUUUUAGGAUCAGCUGCCAAAAUUUUGAGGUUUUAAAAGAAAGGCGUGGUUUAUUUAUUUUGGAAAUUAUGAAUGAAUGUUUAUUGUUAGCUUAACAUCUGUUUUAUUCUUUCUCUGGGCUUCAGUUAGAUACUAAUUUGCAGAAGGUUCCCGCCGCUUCAUCCUUAUCUUCUGUUCCUCUGUUUCCCACCGCCCAUGAAGGCAGCACCGCCCCUCUCAGAGUGAGUCCGCCUCUGCGCUCCAACCGAGAGGCACCGACUGACUGGCUGCGUGGGGAUCCGGUGUGGGCGCACCGGAGGACUUUCCUAUAAAAGCAGGGAUCCCACGACUAGACGCGCUCUUCUCUCUCAGUCCACGGCAGACAGCAGCCGCUCUUCCCCGCGAACAGCUGCUUCAUUCCCCCCGUUAUAGUUUGGAAAAUCCUCUCAACCUCCUCCAAAGGAAACCUUAGUCUAUGGUUCUGACUGACGCGCCUACAAGGAUGUCCCGGACCGACGAGGUGCACCGCAUAACGGAGAAUGUCUACAAGUCCAUCAUGGAGCAGUUUAACCCCUGCUUACGGAACUUCAUAGCCAUGGCCAAAAGCUAUGAGAAGGCGCUCACCAGUGUCACAUAUGCUGCAAAGGGCUACUUCGACGCUCUGGUGCGGAUGGGCGAGAUGGCCAGCGAAAGUCAAGGCUCUAAGGAUCUUGAAGAGGCAGCAUGGGAUGUGCUCUUUCAGAUGGCUGAAGUGCACAGACAGAUCCAGAUCCAGCUUGAAGAGAUGCUGAAGUCUUUCCACAACGAGCUGCUUACAGAGCUGGAGAAGAAGGUGGAACUGGAUGCACGUUACCUGAAUGCUGCACUGAAGAAGUACCAGAUGGAGCACAAGAGCAAAGGGGAGAGUUUGGAGAAGUGCCAGGCAGAGCUAAAGAAACUGCGCCGGAAGAGCCAGGGCAGCAAGCACCCAUCCAAAUAUGGAGACAAAGAGAUGCAGUACGUGGAGGCUAUCAGUAAUAAGCAAAGCGAGCUGGAUAACUACAUUGCGGAGGGCUACAAGAACGCUCUGUCUGAGGAGAGGAGGAGGUACUGCUUCCUGGUGGAUCGUCAGUGUGCUGUGGCCAAAAACAGCAGUGCUUACCACAGCAAGGGAAAGGAGCUUUUAUGCCAGAAGAUCCCACUGUGGCAUCAGGCGUGUGCCGAGCCCAACAAACUGCCAGAUCGUGCCAUGUUUCUGGCUCAGCAGAUGAGCGGUGCAGCGGGCACCAUGCCUCCUGGUGCUCAUCACCCUGGCAUGCCCAUCACUGAGCCUAUUCCCGGUGCUAAACCCCUGCCAGUGCCUCCAGAACUGGCAGCCCUCAGGGCCAGUGGUGGCAUGGGACAGCAGAGGCUGAUGGGAGGUGUGGAAGGAGGGAUGCCUGUGAUGAAUGGUACAGCCGGCGUCCACGGAGGAGAAGACUACCAGCAGUGGAUGGAGGGCAAAAUCGCCCAGGGCAAGGUGUCACCCCAGACUCAGCGGCAUGGAGGGGAGGUGUACUCCAACACCCUACCUGUGCGGAAGGCUGCCCCAGCCAAGAGCAAGACCACACUGACAGAGACCCGCACGCUGCCCCGGUCCAGCUCCAUGGCAGCAGGUCUGGAGAGAAAUGGAAGAACUCGUGUCCAGGCUGUCUUCUCUCAUGCAGCCGGUGACAACAGCACACUGCUCAGCUUCGCCGAGGGCGAUGUGAUAACCCUGCUGGUACCAGAGGCCCGUGAUGGCUGGCACUAUGGAGAGAAUGAGAAGACGAGGAUGCGUGGCUGGUUUCCCUUCUCCUACACUCGGGUGAUCACUGACAGCGAUGGAGACUCUAUGAGGCAACUUCGAGUACACAAUCUCCACCACGGCAAAAGCAGCAGCACAGGCAACCUUCUAGAGAGAGAAGACAUGGCUCUCCCCGUCCCUGAUUACGGCAUCCACUCCCGUAUGGCAGCACAGAGCGCCGCUGCGCUGCAUGGCAGACAACAACGCCCCUACAGUGUGGCGGUGCCAGGCUUCUCACAGCCGGGAGUUGAAGAGUAUGAACCACGCUUCCCCACGAGCGAUGAUGAUCCACCCUGUGAACCAGCCGUGGAAGCCCCAGCCAAACCACCUCUCUCCGACGAUGAGGACGAAAUCAAGGAAGACCAUCCCGAUGAAGCUCAGUAUGACUCCUUGGAGAAGGCUUCGACUACUUCGGGGGACUUCUGAGCUCUCUUUAAUGUAAACCAGCUGUAGGCAGAUCGCCCUGAUCCCUAAGCUGGAAGCCUCUCAUUUAGCCUCAGUAUUACAACAUAAUGAAAAGAAUGACAUAUAAUCAGCAACCAGAGCAUAUCACCGUAGCUGUAAUCUCUGUAUUAGCUGAGAGAAAAAUGUAAAUAAAUACAAGGAUUGAUUUAUAUUUGACCAUCUAUGUUAAAAAGCUGAGGUUUCCUUUGGAGUGGUGAUAUUUCAGGUGGGCAGCAGUGGAGUGGGUUCACUCUUGUAAAGCUUUUAAAGCCUACAAGCAGCGUGUGGUGUAUGAUGAGAAGAAUGAGAGCAGAUGCUGAUUUGUGUGGCUCAUUUAGCCAGAAUUAUUGUAUCAUUACCCAAAGACUGGCUUCAUGGAGGGAUCUGUAGAUCUGUAGCUGGUCUCUUUCCCCCUACCUUGUCAAUGAAAGGGCUUUAAAGUUUGACACUGUGUUAGGUGUCUCACCUUUGGGCCUCACCUGUCAGGACUGCCUUUUCACAGGGCAAGAACACAGUAUUGUUGUUGGAUAUGGUCCAUGUUACAUAUGCACCAUCAGAAAUGACUCAUCUAAACAAGUCAGAUUGAAACACAUCAUAAAAGUACAUUAGAUGGAAAAAAGAUAUCUGUAGAAUAUGUAUGUGCUGAUAGCGUCACAGCUGAUAAGCACACUGCUCGCUCACAGGAAAUCUUUUAUUGUGCAGUGCUAAUGAUGCAGCCUGCAGCUGUUUGUACCUACAUUUAAUAACAUGUAUGUGUAGGUUCUCAGAUUCAUCUUUGAUUAUUAUUAUUAUUGUUCUUAGUGAGCGAGCAAGAUCUUCAUGAUGUUUAAUUCAGUAACACAAUCGAUCUAGUUUAAGAAAACUGUAGCCAAGCAAGCGGUCACAGUAACGUGGGUUAUACUGGUUACAUUUAAAAUGCUUUUGGUUUCUCUGGUUUAUUAAGAUACAUUUUAGGUUCAUAAAGCACUGAAAAUGUACGACAGUACAAGUACCUGAGAGCUGUUCUAGUGCUCUGUAAACUGAAAUGAUGAAAGUAGCAUUUUAAAAUAUUUUGAAUAGAAACAUGAUAAAAUGUUUGGAUCUCUGAAAGCAGGCGUGGAGGCCUGUAGAAACUACAGUUUUGCAGGUAAGGGACGUUUGAUUUACAGUUAAUGUAAAAGACACAUAAUAUUCCUUAAAACAAUCCAAAUCAGGUGAUGGUAUCACAGAUAUUAAAGCCUCAAUAUGAAAAAUCCCACAUUGUAAUCCAAGUUGGUAUGAUCCACAGGUGUAUUACUGUAUUACUGAUGAACAGACAUGUGAGGUGAAUUCCUGUUUACAGUAAUAAGCUACAAUAAUAAAAGGUUAGAUCUUAAAAUAAAUUGGAAUUUAACUGGAGUUUAUCACCUUUCUGCAAACAGGUACAUUAGAUGGCAACAAAGCGUUCCACAUAUUUCCUCCAAAGUUAGCUGGUGUUCAGCUGCAUAUCAUCAGGAUAUUUCCAAGAAAGCCCCAUAGUUGUAAAUGAUAUCUUGGUUUCUGGAGAAAUGACUUCAGUACCCUCUCAUAUCUAAGAAAUUAUGCAGUACAGAAGUAAAAACAAAUAUUCAUAAUGAUUAAAUAAUUUUCUGCAGUGCUGGAAAUCACUCUGAACUUCUGUCAGAGAACCAAUGAUUAGCCAUUAAUAUAACUAUAAAAUACUUAAACACUAUUUUUUAUUUGUCUAAGGAAAUCAGAUCAGUUUGAGAUGAGAUCAGUUUAUGAAUCACAACUUUUCACUUAACCUUCACACUUUAAUUAUUAUACAUGUUUUUCUUAAAAAUGAUUAAAAGGAGCGAGUCUGAAAACACUCAAAAGCAUUUUCCCUAUAAUUCAUCCUAAAUUUGAUGGGACUUUUAGGAAAUAUCUGUGUAAUUACAGAUUAUACACACAUACCAGAUCAGCAGCUCCUUUUACAGGAAGAAACCGUGUAUAAGUAAAGAGCUGGAAAAUGUGUUAUAUGAAAGAAAUAUGUUAAUUAACAUGAGGGGUACUAAGCUAGCAGUCCACAUCAUAAAAUCACGUGAUUUGAUGGUAAACAAAUAGUUUUUAUUUGUUUUUUGGUUUAAUUCUGAGAAUAAAGAAUCAAGUCCUUAAUCA